AUGACUUGGGAAGAGAUUGCAAAAAACAAGAAACAGGAGGUAUUUGGAAAGAUCCCACUGAAAUGGAUCAUAGAAGUCCCCUCAAUCGAAUCAUUCCCUAAUGCAAAUGAUUAUAUUGAAUCCAUUUUGACUGAAAAAGAACUAGAAAUCACAAAUGGCACCAUAUCUUCCACCCUCGAUAAGUUAUCAACAGGAGAAAUGAAAGCUUUAGAUGUCAUUGAAGCUUUUUGUCAUAGAGUAGCUAUUUUACAUCAAUUAUGUAAUUGUCUUUCUGAGAUAUUCUUCGAUGAAGCUUUUGAAAGAGCUAAAGAAUUAGAUGAUUACUUCGAAGAGAACAAAAAAUUAAGGGGUAAACUUCAUGGAAUUCCUAUUUCCCUUAAAGACCAAUUCAACCUUCCAGGUAUAGAUUCUUGUUUGGGAUUUGUAGCUAAUGUCGGUAAACCUAAGACCCAAGAAGAAAUGUCAUUACUUGCUCAAGACUUAUAUUCUGAAGGAUGUAUUUUUUUCGUCAAAACUGCUGUUCCCACAUCAUUGAUGUCUGGAGAUUGUUAUUCCAAUCUUCAUGGAAGUACAUUGAACGCUGUCAACAGAUAUUUGUCCUGUGGUGGAAGUAGUGGUGGUGAGGCAACUGUUGUAGCUGGAAAAGGAUCAUUGAUUGGGUUUGGAACAGAUAUUGGAGGAUCAAUUCGUAAUCCAUCAUCGUUCACAGGGAUUUACGGUUUGAAACCUAGCUCUGAUAGACUUAGUUAUACUGGACUUACCAACACUUUGAUGGAUCAUCCAGUCAUAAGUUCCAGUGUUGGUCCUAUGUGUAAAAGUGUUGAAGAUUUAGAGUAUGUUACCAAGAUUUUGAUUGACCAUCAACCUUGGGAAAAUGACGCUAAAGUACCUCCAAUCCCAUGGAAAGAAGUCAAGUUGAAAGACAAAUUGAAAAUUGCAGUUUUCAUUGAUAAACCAAAUCUUAAAUGUCAACCAUCAAUCCGGAGAAGUAUUUUAGAAUUAAUAGAGAAAUUGAAGGACCAUGAGGUUGAGAUCAUCGAUGAUAAAUUCCCUGUCGACUACGAUAAGAUUUCCCAGGUUUCAGGAAAGUUAUACGGUGUCAAUGGAUACAAUGACAUCAAAGCCAAACUCGAAGAAUCAGGCGAAAAGGUUGAAUUUCUUGAGUACAUGUCAUUGUUCAGUAGUUUGAGCUUGGAUGACGAAUGGGAAUUGAACAAACUUAAAAGAGAGUUCCAAUUGAAAUUUUAUGAGUUCUUUAAACAUUAUGAUUGUUUGGUUACCCCUACUUUCUGUGAAACAUCCUAUGAAUCUGGUACUUAUAGAUUUGCUUCACUGAACAGUGCUUUUGUAAAUGUUUUAGAUUUCACUGCCAUGACAUUACCUUUAGGUCAUGCCAAAGAAACUGAUGUAUGGCCCAAGGAUUAUGUUCCUGAAGGGGAAGCCAAUGAAGAGCUUUUCAAGAGAUUCAAUAUUUCUAGAUUGAAAGGAGCUCCCGUACUGGUACAAGUGGUGGGUAAAAGGUACGACGAGGAAAGAGUCAUUGAAAUAAUCAAACUCUUAGAUAAACUAAACAAAUAG